GGGCAGGCCGGGAGCCGUAGUCCGGCGCGGAGCCGCAGCCAGGCCCGCAGCCGUAGUCCGGCGGGCGGCCCCGCGGUCGCCGGGUGCCGGCGAGGCUGGCGCGGGCCAUGGCGGCGGUCGGAGCCCCGGCGGGCGGCGCGGGGCGCUCGAAGGUGGCGCCGAGCGUGGACUUCGACCACAGCUGCUCGGACAGCGUCGAGUACCUCACCCUCAACUUCGGGCCCUUCGAGACGGUGCACCGGUGGCGCCGCCUCCCGCCCUGCGACGAGUUCGUGGGGGCCCGGCGCAGCAAGCACACCGUGGUGGCCUACCGGGACGCCAUCUACGUCUUUGGCGGGGACAACGGGAAGACGAUGCUGAACGACCUGCUGCGCUUCGACGUGAAGGACUGCUCGUGGUGCAGGGCUUUUACCACGGGGACCCCGCCAGCACCGCGCUAUCACCACUCAGCUGUGGUCUAUGGGAGCAGCAUGUUUGUGUUUGGCGGCUAUACUGGAGACAUUUAUUCCAAUUCCAACCUGAAGAAUAAGAAUGAUCUCUUUGAAUAUAAGUUUGCAACUGGACAGUGGACAGAGUGGAAGACUGAAGGAAGGUUGCCAGUUGCGAGGUCAGCUCAUGGUGCAACAGUGUAUAGUGAUAAGCUGUGGAUCUUUGCAGGAUAUGAUGGCAAUGCACGGUUAAAUGAUAUGUGGACAAUUGGCCUACAGGAUAGAGAGCUAACGUGCUGGGAAGAGAUUGAACAAAGUGGUGAAAUUCCUCCUUCCUGCUGUAAUUUUCCCGUGGCUGUUUGCAAAGACAAGAUGUUUGUUUUCUCUGGCCAGAGUGGAGCAAAGAUUACCAAUAAUCUCUUUCAGUUUGAAUUCAAGGAAAAGAUUUGGACACGAAUUCCUACCGAGCACUUACUUCGAGGCUCCCCUCCUCCUCCACAACGAAGGUACGGCCACACAAUGGUGGCGUUCGACCGGCAUCUCUACGUGUUUGGUGGUGCUGCAGAUAACACGCUGCCCAACGAGCUUCACUGCUACGACGUGGACUCUCAGACCUGGGAAGUUAUCCAGCCCAGCCCAGACAGUGAGGUGUCCCAUCCAGAAGGGUCUGAGAGAGUAUCUGCCCCAGAAGAAGCUCCCUCCUUGCCCUCAGAAGAAUGUAGUUUUAGAAAAUCUCAGGAUGUAUUUGGUUUAGAUUUCGGCAUAGCAACAUUUAAACAGCCACCCACAGCAGACUCAGAGUUACCCAGUGGGAGACUCUUCCACGCUGCAGCUGUUAUCUCAGAUGCUAUGUACAUCUUCGGUGGCACGGUGGACAAUAACAUUAGGAGUGGAGAAAUGUACAGGUUCCAGUUUUCUUGUUACCCUAAAUGCACUCUUCAUGAAGAUUAUGGAAGGCUGUGGGAAAACAGGCAGUUCAGUGACUUGGAGUUUGUUUUGGGAGAGAAGGAAGAACGAGUCCGAGGGCAUACCGCAAUUGUUACAGCUCGCUGCAAGUGGCUGAAAAAGAAAAUCAUACAGGCAAGGGAGAGGUUGAAACAGAAAUCAAAGCAAGAUGUUGAAGACGAGGGACAUUCGACAUGUCAGAAGGUUGGGAUUGGUGGGAAUGUCAAGUUGUGCCGCCUGCAGCCGCUGCUGGAAGUGCCCAUCCGAGAGGCUGAGGCGCAACCCUUCGAGGUGCUCAUGCAGUUUCUGUAUACGGAUAAAAUAAAAUACCCUCGCAAAGGCCAUGUGCAGGAUGUGUUACUUAUUAUGGAUGUAUACAAACUAGCUUUAAACUUCAAGCUCUCUCGACUGGAACAGCUCUGCCUUCAAUAUAUUGAAGCAUCCGUAGAUUUGCAGAAUGUGCUCAUUGUGUGUGAAAAUGCUAACAAGCUUCAGCUGGAUCAGCUAAAGGAACAUUGCCUGAACUUUGUGGUGAAGGAAUCCCAUUUUAAUCAAGUAAUAAUGAUGAAGGAGUUCGAGCAUCUUUCUUCAUCCCUCAUAGUGGAGAUCGUACGGAGAAAGCAGCAACCUCCUGUUCGAACACACUCCGAUCAGCCGCUUGACAUUGGAACAUCUUUAAUUCAGGACAUGAAGGCUUACCUAGAAGGAGCUGGGACUGAAUUCUGUGAUAUCAUCCUUCUCUUAGACGGCCACCCGCGGCCAGCCCAUAAAGCAAUCCUAGCAGCGCGCUCCAGUUACUUUGAAGCCAUGUUCCGUUCCUUCAUGCCAGAAGAUGGGCAAGUGAAUAUUUCUAUAGGUGAAAUGGUUCCCAGCAAGCAAGCAUUUGAGUCUAUGCUUAGAUACAUUUAUUAUGGAGAAGUAAACAUGCCUCCUGAAGACUCCCUCUACCUCUUUGCUGCACCUUACUAUUACGGCUUCUCCAACAACAGACUACAAGCCUAUUGUAAGCAGAAUCUAGAAAUGAAUGUCACAGUGGAGAACGUACUCCAGAUUUUAGAGGCAGCUGACAAGACCCAGGCCCUGGACAUGAAGAGGCACUGCCUGCACAUCAUCGUUCACCAAUUCACCAAGGUCUCCAAGUUGCCAAAUCUCCGCUCCCUAAGUCAGCUCCUCCUCCUUGACAUCAUAGAGUCAUUAGCUAACCACAUAUCAGACAAGCAGUGCGCAGAGCUGGGCUCAGACAUAUGACAUGCUUUGGUAAUCAAACUUUUCGUUUGUUCCUCAAAAAAAACCUAGCACUUUACGGCUGACUCUCUUUUUUACCAUUCCAUACUGAGCUGCUCAGAGCGUCUGCACAACAUAGCAGGCAGCCAAGAGGAGCACGGACGGCUCACUCUCCCCUGGAUUGACUUGGGUUGUACCUUUGUGGAGAAGGGUUUGGUCUCUGUUACGCAAAUGUAAAAUUAAAACAUUACAGGAAUGAAUUUAUUCCACGUGGUUUUAGGAGUAACUAAGUUCAGAAUCAAGCCCAUUAUUACUUUUAUACUGUAAAAUAAGAGUCAUGAGUAAGAGAGUCAUUAAUACUUUGAAACACAGUAUUUAAAUAAUAGUAUUUAAAGAACUUCAGCUGACACAGCCAGGGGCUGUAAGGGGAAGUCAGAUACAACAAAACUGGAAACAAAGCGCGUGGUGUUGGCGGCGAGGCUGACCGCUGGACCAGAAUGUAGUGACUUUUCAGAGACUCUCCGUGGUGUGGUUUAAAAGAUAAGCCCUUUUGCAACUGCCUCGAUUGGUGGGCUGCAGGAGUCCAGACCUGUGCUCCGCAACAGGUCAGACUAGAAGAUUACAGCGGGCCUUUCUGACCAUCAAAUCCAUUAAUCCUGUCUCGCUAAGCCUUUCUAAAUCAAUUUAUUAAUAAAGAGUUAACAUAAUCUCCCAGCA